AUAUAUAGUGGGAUUUUGAUUCAUUCGAUUCUCACUUUCUCUUCAAUCACAUUUUCAUAAAAAGUUUUUGUUGUACAUGCCAUGUUGCUUUUUGACUGUCAUCUGAUAUCUCUUUCAUGCAAAUCAAUAGGAAAGAAACUUGCAAGUGAUCACAAUGCUAGAAACCAAGCAGUUGCUCCGGGAUCUUUAAGCAAGGAAUUGAAAGUUUAUCGCCAUCUAAAGCAAUACACCUUUGAGAACCUAAAGUUGGCAACAUGGGGUUUUCGAUUUCGUCUCGGUGUAGGAAUCCUUGGUUCUGUUUACAAAGGCUGGGUCAGUCGCACUGGGACCUCCCCCUCAAGACCUACAACCGGCCUCCCAGUUGCAGUCAAGAUUCUUAACAAAAAUGGAUCACAAGGCCAUCAUGAAUUUACUGAAGUAAUUAAUCGUCUUGGUGGUGGUUUAGAUCACCCACAUCUUGUUAAGUUGAUUGGUUAUUGCACUGAAGGGGCACUGGUUUAUGAGUUUAUAUCUAAAGGAAGCUUAGAUAAGCAUCUCUUCAAGAGACUAUAUUUUCCCCUUCAGUGGUCAGUGAGAAUGAAAAUCAUGCUUGGUGCUGCUAAGGGCCUUGCAUAUCUCCAUGAGGAUGCUGAGAAACCUUUGAUAUAUAGAAACUUCAAAACUUCCAGCAUAUUAUUGGAUAGGGACUACAAUGCCAGACUUUCUGAUUCAGUGCUUGUAUGGGAUGGUCCUGUGGGAGACUCUACUGAUGUCUCAACUCGGGUAUGGAGAACGCAAGGGUAUGCUGCCCCAGAGUAUAUCAUGACAGGCCACCCUACUGCCAAGAGUGAUGUGUAUAGCUUCGGGGUGGUUCUGCUUGAGAUGCUGACAGGAAGAAGAUCCAUUGACAAAAGAAGGCGUCGAGAUGAGGUUAACUUGGUAGAAUGGGCGCGGCCUAAACUCAGGUUAAGGGGAGAAGGGUUCCGUGAACUGAUGGAUCCUCAACUUAAAGGUCUAUACUCAGGAAGAGGUGCUCGAAGGGCAAUGGAGUUGGCUUAUCGUUGCAUUAGUCGUGAAGCGAUAGACAGGCCUUCAAUGAGUGAAGUGGUGGAAGUGCUCAGCUCUUUGCCUCGUUACCAUGAGAAGAUAGCUUCUUCCUCUCCACCAUCCCUACCCUCACCCUUAUUUGAGGGAUUGAUUGUUGGCUCCUCCAACCAUGAUGGCUUCAUAGUUGGCACAUCAGGAAAGGGACCUAGUCACUUUCGAGCCCCCUCGUGCAACCUUCCUCUUCCUUCAACUAAAGCUAGUGGUGGAAUGCCAUGAUGAUAUUCAUCUGAAUCUCAUCUUGUGUAUGCUCUCUUUUAUUUCCUAGUAAUGACUUGGGCUUUUCAUAUUAUAUAUAGAAACUAAAGUAUAGACAUGAGAAAGAAAGAAUGUUUAAGUUUGGUUUUAAAGCCAACACUUAAGGUUAUCCUCCCUUCCUUUUUUUAUCAGUAUCCAGUAGUUAUUGUUCUGCUCCUCUGGUUCUUGUUGUUUUCAAGACUGAAUGCUAUAUGAGUUCUUUUUCUUAUGCCCAUAACCUUUUUUUUCUUUUUCAAAAUGCAAACUAGUUUACUGGUUCUGGUAUACUGAUUAUCUUCCAUCUCAUUUUACUCACUUUCUCCUUCUUUGUGUUUCUUUUUCUAUCACAUCACUUCUUAUAUCUCUUAUUUUCUCUCUUCUCUCUCUAUUUCUCUAUGGGAAGGGUGGAAUUGGAGCGUGAUCAAAUUAUCAUCCUUUUGCAACAAAUCUGAACCUAGAUAGCAAUACCCUCCUAGACUUUUUAGGUUGACCUUUGAAUUGAAUCAUGUCCCAAACUUAUAGGCCCUACUCGCCCUUUUGGUCUUUUGGGCUGGCCUUCAAUUGAUCUUUGGAAUCACAUCCUCAGCCUAGUUGAGUCCAUGGAUCUCCUUUGACCAAAA